AUGGAUUUCUUAAUGGUGUUUCUCAAGUUAGCAGACUGGUUAGUCUACCAGCUGCUAGGUAAUUCGUGUUACAGAGCUGCAAUGAAGGUCAAAAACCAUCGUUUUUUCUGGUUAAGAAACCACCCAUCUCACAAGUCACCAUACCACCAGCUUCCAUUGUUUCCUAGCUUCACUAAAUGUUGUUUAACUAAAGAACAACCUCAAACUGUAGUCUGUGACAUUCAAAACACCCUGCUUCUAAACUCAAAGUCUUUCUUUCCGUACUUCAUGUUGGUUGCCUUUGAAGGUGGUAGCAUAGUCAGGGCAUUCGUCUUGUUAUUAUCCUAUCCUCUGUUACUUGUUUUAGACUAUGAACUUGGUCUAAGGCUAAUGAUCUUUAUCACCUUUUGUGGGCUUAAGUUGAAGGACAUGAAGAAUGUUGGAAGGUCAGUUUUGCCAAAGUUUUAUCUUGAGAAUUUAAACCUUCAAGUUCUUGAGUUGUUUGAAACAAGAAGGAAGUCUGAAACGAAGGUUAUCAUCUUUACAAGUCUUCCAAGAGUGAUGGUUGAAGGUUUUUGUAAGGAAUAUCUGAGUAUUGAUCAUGUGAUUGGGACUGAGUUGCAUAGUUUUGGGAGAUACUUCAGUGGUUUUGUGUCCAGUUCAGGUGUGCUUGUGAAGCAUAAAGCAGUAAAAGAAUGGUUUGGAAUUGACAGAAAACCAGAUAUUGGUGUUGGAAGUUGUGGUCUUCACGAUCAACUCUUUAUCUCUCACUGCAAGGAAGCUUAUGUGGUGAGCAAAGAAGAUGGAAAGAGGAGUGCAAGAACAGUGAUGCCAAGAGAAAAGUAUCCAAAACCCUUGGUCUUCCAUGAUGGAAGGCUAGCUUUCUUCCCAACACCAUUAGCAACCUUAUGCAUGUUUCUAUGGUUUCCUCUUGGGGUUUUGCUUGCAAUUUCCAGGCUUUUUGUGGGCAUCUUAUUGCCGUACCAUAUGGCGCGUAUCAUAGGCGGUCUAACCGGUGUAAAUAUACGGAUAGAAGGUUGUGAUUACUCAUGGGAGAAGAAAAACAAACAAAAUGGUGUUCUCUUUGUUUGCACACAUCGAACCCUUUUGGACCCUGUCUUCUUAACCAUGACCAUUGGUAAGCCGUUAACCGCGGUUACUUAUAGCCUAAGCAAGAUGUCGGAAGUGAUCUCACCCAUAAAAACAGUUCGGUUAACUAGAGACAGGAAGCAAGACGGCAAAACCAUGCACAAGUUACUUAGCGAAGGCGAUUUGGUUGUUUGCCCUGAAGGAACAACUUGUAGGGAGCCUUAUUUAUUGCGGUUUAGCUCAUUGUUCGCAGAGUUAACCGAUGAGAUUGUGCCGGUUGCGAUGAACACACAUGUGACCAUGUUUUAUGGGACAACGGCUAGUGGGCUCAAGUGCUUGGACCCUAUCUUCUUCUUGAUGAACCCUAGGCCAACUUACCAUGUUCAAGUGCUGGGAAAACUGGCUAAGGAGCUGACCUGUGGUGCAGGAGGCAAGUCUAGCCAUGAUGUGGCUAACCAUAUUCAAAAAACACUCGCUGCUGCUUUGGGGUUCGAAUGCACCAGUCUUACUAGAAGGGAUAAAUAUUUGAUGCUGGCUGGGAAUCAAGGGAUUGUGGAGGAUCAUAGAAGUCAAAAUUAAAGUCUUCAUCUUAGCAUGAUAAUAUCUUCAAAAUUACCAGUAUUUUGAUGUUUACCAUUGAUUAUUAUUUUGAAUAUAUAUAUUUAAA